GCUUUAACAUUUUGUCGUGUGUCAGGUCUGUUUGUGUGUGACAGACGUGGAUAAAAAGAACUAUAAUAAUAUUUAUUCUGACUGUGAUUUGAACAUUGUUUCGCAAUGUUGCUGUACGCCACCUUUCUCUCCCCUCUGACCGCCCUCCAGCAGAGGGAGCUGCGCGUCGUCUUCAAAGCCUUCCACGUUGCAAUGGAGCUGUUCAACGUGACCUACUUCUUGAUGGAAGGCAGUAUGCUGGGCGCCUACCGUCACCAUGGUUACAUACCCUGGGAUGACGAUAUGGACGUGGCUAUAAACGGCUCGGACUGGUUUAAAGUCAAACAGAUUCUUCACUGCAUCCCCGGGUUCGACGUAGACACCAGCACGUACAUGAUGUACAAGUUCUUCUACGAGAAGUCGCUGCACCCGGUGGGUGAGAAAUUCUACCGCUACCCGAACAUAGACAUCUUUUUCUACACGGAGGACUCCAAGUUCAUGUGGUCGCUCUCUCGCAUCAAGAAGCAUCGCAUGCUCUUCAAGGUCUUGGACAUCUUCCCGCUCACCUACCGCCCGUUUGAUGGGAAGAUGGUGCCCGUGCCGAAAGACUUUGAACAGCUGUGCGCCACCAUGUACGACCCGGAAAAGUGCGUUAGUCGGGAUUACGACCACUUCAGGAAUAGACCCAUGGUCCCGUUUUAUGAGUACGAGUACGUCCCGUGUGAGUUUUUCAAGAAGAUGUAUCCGUUUGUCGAGCGGAAGACUACACGACUUGGGAAUAAGGAGGCUACCGUGGAGAUAAGGAGAAUAGGGAAGAAAGUGUUGAGUAACUUCACGUCUUAUCAUUGAUUCACACAGUUAGAAGUUCUCUUUCUGGAGGUGAACGUUUAUGUUUUUGGGGGUUGUUUUUUUUUCUUUUUUUUUUUU